AUUCUUUUUAAUAUGGAAAUCUCAAGUCAACCUCACCUCAUCAUUUGGUCUUGGUUCUUCUAGGCACCACCUCAUUUCCCACUUUCUUUAAUUUUUCACUACUAUUUUUCUUUCUCCUCAUCUUCUUCAGUACUAUAUAAUUGUCACUCCUCUAUCAUCUCUUGCUACGUACCCACGGGGUUCGAAUUGAGUUGAAUUGAAUUGAUUUGAUUAAAGUUAGCAUGAAGGUGCACCAGUUCGCACGUGGAUUGUGGGAGCACGAACCCUCCCUCACCCUUGGCUGCAAGCGUCUCCGCCCUCUCGCUCCCAAGCUUCAGCCCAACUCCGACACUUCAGUCACCGCCACCACCUCCACCACAGCUGCUUUCGAUCUCAAGAGCUUCAUUAGACCUGAAAGUGGCCCCAGAAAGCUUAGCUGCUCUGAUGAUAAGAGAGAACCAACUCAGGUGGAGACACUUCCUGGUGGGACAAGGUGGAAUCCUACGCAAGAACAAAUAGGGAUACUGGAGAUGUUGUAUCGGGGAGGAAUGCGCACUCCCAAUGCACAACAAAUAGAGCAGAUCACCGCGCAGCUCGGCAAGUAUGGAAAGAUUGAAGGGAAGAAUGUGUUCUACUGGUUCCAAAACCACAAGGCACGAGAAAGGCAGAAGCAGAAGCGAAAUAGCCUCGGUCUAAGCCAUUGUCCAAGAACAACCCAGGCUGCAGCCACUAGUAUCACCAGUAUUAUAACAUUGGACACAAGGGGAGAAGAAGAUUGUUCAUACAAGAGGAAAAGCAGAAGCUGGGCAUUCGAGAGCUUGGAAGAGGACAAGAGGUAUUGUAAAGAGGAAGGAGAUCAGACUCUGGAGCUAUUCCCACUACACCCGGAAGGCAGAUGAAGGGGUUUGAAUUUUUUUUUUUCUUUUCUUUUUCUCUCUCACUUUUGGCUCAUUUGUGAGUUGCUUUGAUGUGCUCUCUCUCUCCCUUCUUUCUUUGUUUCGAGAAAGAAGAAAAACAAGUUGUAUCUUUGUACCCUCUCCUGAUCUGAUCCUUGUUAUUCCUGACUCUGGGACCAAAGUGCUUUGUCGCUCUUGGAAAUUGCUGCUAGUAUACUGGUCUUUAUUCGUUUUCGAUCGGGUGGGUGUGAUCUUCCACUUUUGACCACAAGAACUUGUUGAAACCAAGCUUUUAGGUUGAAAGUGGUGAAGACACUGAAGUCCAAGCACCAGCUCUCAUUCCCACGGCCACUCCACAUUUUUUUUUUUAUGUUUCAAUAGGGGUUCCCCCUUUCAUAAUGGUUAGCCGGGUUAAUGGUCUGGUUCACACUUAACGCGAGAUAUGAAAUCUUCAAUCUAAAUCCAACUUUACUUAAGAUCAGCUUAUUGAAUUCGCGAGAUUCUGAUUAAAAGCCAUUUAAUCUCUCAAGUUUUGAGUUUUUGUUUUAUGUUUUAAUCCCCCUUUCAUAAUGGUUAGCCGGGUUAAUGGCCUGGUUCACACUUAACCCUAUAUGUGAAAUCUUCGAUCUAAAUUCAACUUAACUUAAUUAACUUAUUGAAGUCGUGAGAUUCUUGUUGAAAACCUUUAAAUCCUUCAACUUUUGAAUUUUUGUUUAAUAAUCAAACCAAAUUCAGAUUAAUAACGAGUAAAUAAUUAUUUUGUGUCAAAAAAAAAAAUUUCACCGGAAAGACCAUUGUGUGUCAAAAUUACCAAGUAGAGAGUCAUCUCAAAAUUACAAAGGACUUUGAAACUUCUUCCAAAUUGACUGUUCUACUAUUAAUGCUAAUAAAGGGUAAAGUGCUAAAAAAAACAAAAAAAAAAAAAAAAAAAAAACAAGAAA